AAUAUCCUAUAAAAACCAUUGAAGUGUUCAAUUUAAAAACAACUUCCAUUCUCAAAUAGAAACCUUCUAGAAUAUAUGUAUGACUGAGUUUACCCAAUUAAUCCCUCAACUUCCUGACGAUCUUGCACUCGAGUGCUUGACUCGUUUUCACUACUCAACUCACCGAGUUUCCGCUCGAGUUUGCCGAUCAUGGAGAAAACUCUUCCAAAGCCCACAUUUUUACCAUCACAGGAAGCUCGCCGGUCAUACACGUAAAGUGGCCUGUUUGGUCCAGUUACUCCCGGGUCGACCCGAACCGAAAGGCCUUAAACAGACGCCUCCACCUUCUUACGGCGUGUCCAUAUUCGACCCAGUGAGUGGCGAGUGGGACUGGGUCGAUCCUGUUCCCAAAUACCCACGUGGCUUACCGUUGUUCUGCCAAGUGUCGAGCUCGGAGGGAAAACUCGUGGUGAUGGGUGGUUGGGACCCGGCGAGUUACGAACCGGUUAGAGACGUGUUCGUCUACGAAUUCACAACUCGGGAGUGGAGGCAAGGAAAGGACAUGCCGGAAUCCCGAUCGUUCUUCGCCGCCGGUGAAAUCGACGGUAAGAUAUUCGUCUCCGGCGGCCACGAUGAGAACAAAAACGCGUUGAGUACGGCGCGGGUUUAUGAUGUGAGGAACGAUGAGUGGACCCAGUUGACUCACAUGAGUCAGGAGCGAGACGAGUGCGAGGGACUGGUAAUCGGUUCAAGGUUCUGGGUUGUAAGCGGGUACCGAACCGAGAGUCAAGGUAACUUCGACACUAGUGCUGAGUGGUACGAUCCCGACUCGGGCGAGUGGCGGCGAGUCGAGAACGUUUGGGGGACGAGUCGGUGUCCGAGGUCGAAUAUUGGGGUGGGCAAAGAUGGAAAGUUGAUUUGCUGGGCUGAUUCCGUCUCGGAAGUUCGGGUCGGGUCAUGCGGGAUUGAAAUGGAUAGUCGGACCUAUUUAUCCGGGUCGGGUUGUCAGGGAGGGCGGCAGGAGUUCUUUGUGGUGGAAGGGCAAAGUGGUAAAAUGAACAAGAUUGAGGUCCCUCAAGAGUUUGAUGGGUUCGUACAAUCAGGCUGCUGCGUGGAGGUUUAAUUUAUAUAAAUUUUAUAAAAUAGAAUUGAAAAUAUGUAAAAUAUGAGUUUCUUUUUGAUGGAGUGUUGUCUUGGUAUCCCAAAAAAGAAAAGAAAGAGCAGUGUUGUUAUAUUUAUGUAAUCUGUAAAUAGAAUAUUAGAAGUUGUGUUUC